CAUAGUAUGCCGAGGAACAGUUGAGCUCUGACAGCUUAGGUCGACGGGUGGGACAGUCCUGAAAGUAGUCGACAAGGACCGGGGCUUCGGUACCAGCACACUGUUGGUGCUCCGUCUUCGUUCCAACGCAUCAGCGAGAGGGAAACGCAUUGCGUAAAAGGAUGUUUUCACCUCUUCGAACAUGAAAACGGUGGUCUAUCUCUUGAGAACUGUGCAAGAGUGAUGAAGCAGCUGAUUUCAAACCCGUUUGAGAAGUGUGGAUACCCUCGUCUCAAAGAAGAGGUCCGGCAAAUGAUGACCUACGUGGACAUGGCGUAUGUUCUCACUGACGUCGUGUUGUGAUGGUAUAUUUCUUUUUUUAUUUUUGCCACGAAGAGGAAAGGUUGGUUGGACUGCCAGAGCUCCAGAUCGUCCAGCAGCUGGCUGUUCGUCAGUGUACGGCGUAGACCUGGAUGGAGCCUCCUAACGCAGAAGAUAUUCUAACUGGCAUUUCUUUGAAGACUGGAUAUUCCUCUUCACUAGACAGAAAGCAGCUUCGAUGUCAACAUUCGCAAUAACUAUAUGUCUGCCUGUGGUAUUUGAAAUAAUCGUAUCACCGAAGUCGCCCUCCAUCAGAAAGUUCCUCAAUGUCUUCUUGAAGAAGCGCAACUUCGAAUGUUAGUCUCCGCAGCGAAUCUCUAAUGAGCAUGGCCCUUAGCCUCGCAACGAGGACCUCCAGGUGUUAACGAUGGGUUGCGAAGGUUGGAUCGAAGGCGCCGACCCCUCGACAACGAUGCUGCACGGAUACGUCUCGACGGCGGCGUCCUCUUCCAAGUUCCAUCGUCGAGGGACGUCCUGCGUGCCGCGUCCUCGAUGGGACAUCUCCUGGAGCGUCCGGUGGUCGGCGUCGUGCGCGAGGUUCCACUGGCCCAGGAGCCGGACCUGGAGCGUGUCGUGGCUGCCCGCGUUGUGCGCGGCCUUGCUGUCCCUGUUGUGUUACCUAAACUCCCUGGACGGUGAUUUUGUGCACGACGACAUGGUGGCCGUUGUUGGUAACCGUGACGUGACGGGCGAGCACGCCCUCAGUGCUUUGUGGGUCAACGACUUCUGGGGCCGGCCCAUGGCGGACCCGCAGAGCCACAAGUCGUACAGGCCGCUCACGGUGCUCACGUUCAGGGCUAACCACUAUGCAUCGGGAGGCCUCGAAGUACGAGGUUUCCACGGCGUGAACGUGGCCCUCCACGUAGCCUGCAGCGUCCUGGUCGCUCGUGUGGCUUCGGAAGCCCUCGGUCUAACAGCGGGCCCCAGCGCGCUGUCGGCCCUGCUCUUCGCGGCUCAUCCUGUGCACACCGAAGCCGUAUCGAGCAUCGUUGGGCGUGCUGAAGUGCUCUGUUGUUUCUUCUUUCUCGUCGCCUUCCUUUGCUAUCAUAGGUCCUGCCAGGCAUCGAAUAGUGGACUGCGCGUCGCGGUGUGGCUCUGUGUCUGCUCCGUGUGCUCUGCCUGCGCCCUGUUGGCCAAGGAACAGGGCAUCACAGUGCUGCCGCUGUGCCUACUUCUGCGCCUGCGCACUCUUGUGUCUCAGACGUCCGCCCUCAGGCAACCCUGGUGGCGUAGGAUAUUUGCCGUGAUACAGCGUUGCCUACUCGACCUUCGCGUCAUUUUGCUCACAUCUGUCCUCGGAGCUCUGCUCACCUUCCGCCUGUGGAUCCUACACGGCAGUCUACCCCGCUUUUCGGAGGUCGACAACCCGGCAUCGUUUUCACCCCAUAUUCUCACAAGGUUCCUCACCUAUUCCCACCUGAGCGCCUUCAACGCGUGGUUGACGCUGUUUCCCGGUACGCUUUCCUACGACUGGCAGAUGGGAAGUAUACCGCUGGUGACGUCAUUGAGUGACCCCCGCAACGUCAUGACCUUAGCCCUAGCAGCGGGAAUGCUGGGAUUGCUAUGGCGUGCCUGUCCGUCACGAUGCGAUUCUUCAGACGGCAGCGAAGUCAGCAGCAGUCGGCAGACACUGGUGGCGCUGCUGUUAACCGUGUUACCGUUCCUGCCAGCAUCGAACCUCCUAGUCGUUGUGGGAUUCGUCGUAGCCGAACGCGUCCUCUACAUUCCAAGUAUCGGCCUCUGUCUGUUGGUUGCCCUCGGCCUCCAGCGGCUGCUGGACCGCAGUGGGCGGCGAGUUCGCAUCACUCUCGUAGGUGCCGCAUGCGCCCUGGUGGCGCUGCUAGCUGCAAGAACGCUCCAUCGUAAUCGCGUCUGGGAGUCGAGAGAGUCGCUGUUCGAGUCUGGUAUCCAAGACCUGCCCGAGAACGCCAAGAUGCACUACAACUUCGCGAACCUCCAGAAGGACCUCGGAAACACGGACCUUGCCAUUAAGCACUACAACACAGCUAUCGAGUUGUGGCCCGAACACGCGAGCGCCCACAACAACCUGGGCACUGUAGUGACGUCACCGCAGGACGCGGAACGUCAUUUCCGCGCUGCGCUACGCAUCAACCCGAACCAUCCGGGAGCCCACUUCAAUCUAGCCAAUAUGUACAGCAAACAGGGCCAAAUAGACGUGGCGCGCCACCUACUGCAGCGCGCCGUGGAACUGGACCCGGACUUCGCAGAGGCCUAUUCUUCGCUCGCCCACCUGGCAGCCGAGGACGGUCACGUGGUCCGCGCCGAGGCCCUCCACAAGAUGGCGCUCAACGCGGACCCACGGAACGCCGACGCUCGGAACAACUACGGCACUUUUCUGCAAACACAAGGUCGCGUCGAAGAAGCCGUCCGAGAAUAUCAGACCGCUCUCGCUCUGCAGCCUAACCACACGGUGGCGCUGCUGAACGCCGCGCGAACCUUACGUUCCAUGAAGCUGAACAGAGAGGCGGAAAAUCUCUACAAACGGGCUCUGUCCGUACAGGAAGAUCCACAGGUGAUGGACAACCUCGCCGUGUUCUACAUAAACGCUGGGAGGCUCGACGAAGCGAAGGACGUGUACGAGAAAGUAGACCUGCUCUUUCCGGACCACCUCGACAGCAAAGUGCAUCACGCGCAGCUGAUGAUGCGACAGCGUUGCUUUCAAGCCGCAGAAGACCUUCUCCUAGCGACGGUCGCGCGUAACGGCAGCAACCGCGAUGCCCUCCACCAGACUGCCCUUCUCUACAACCACACCAACCGCACCACCGAGGCAUUGGAAUAUAUCCUGCGAGCCCUCCAAUUAUGCUCCGUGGACGAUCGAUCCUGUGCUCAACUUCACGCAGAGCACGGAGACAUCCUCAAGGAUCUCAACGACCUCAACUCGUCUGCUGAGAGUUACGGUCUUGCCAUUCGACUGGACCCCAACCUGGCGCACGCGCACCUCAACCUGGCAGUAAUCAAGCACCUUCAGGGCGACUACGCGCGUGCAUUCCAACACUACCAGACAGCUUUCAUGCUCGACCCAAAGAAUCAACUCAUCAUCGACAACAUGGAGAAGCUGCGACGGAGACUCACGGGCGCCGAGAACCGGAAACCCAAGUCCUCCGCAACGACAGACGCCGCGUUCGAACUACUGUAGCUGGGUGUCAUCUGAAACGACUUCGUCCAACUGUUGACCGAAACGGCAUGCAAUGGGGGUCAUAUUUGCGUCGUAGAUUCGUCGAGGAAGCUACGUGACUACAGACACGAUGUCUUCGCAUCGUGAUCUAGGUUUGACUGGCUGACUGGCCUACGAACUAUGACUAUAUAGUCACAUCUGCUUUGCCUAGUGGUGGCGGAGACUUACGGUCAGCAGGUUUCUUGAAAGUAAACCGAGGACUCCCGAAUUAUAGAAACAGCCUCCUAGCAAAGACGUUUCGCGCACAACAAGGAAGGUCUGCAGUCUGCCUACAGUCACUGCCUCCAAGUUGAACUGCGAAUGGAGGCUUCGCUCUACAACGACGUGUCGUCGGAUUUCAGCGUCAAACGUGUCAACAAAGCCAAGCCGUGUUUCGAGCAAGACCUCGGCUACGUGUACACCAUUAAGUUCGUACAGUAUAUGUGCCGUCGUGAUCUCAUAAACCGUCGCCUGAGACCAGCAAAAAAACGAGAAGUGCAGCAUGGGCUUCACAGCCCUGUGCGGGAUGUGCAGCGUGCGUUAACUACUUCACGAAAUGAAACGUCCCCCACUUUCUCUGCGUGUUCGACUCACCCACGAAGCAAACACACGUGCUUUAGAAGCUCUAGAACUACCCGAUGCGUGUUUCUAUUUCCAGCAGGUGUACAAACUCGCCCCCUUAAUGGAUUGACGUCCUAUUGCUUUUAUUGCUUUUCUUUUUUCUUCUUUUUUUUUUGCAGCUGUUUGUGCUGUAGAUACAGAAAAAGAAAAACUUGUGUACUCUUAGCAGAAACGUGUCCUGCGAACAUUGUGUAAAUUUCUCUCGCAAAGUAAAAGAAGGAGAAGGAGAAGAAAAAAAAGAAAGGAAGAAGCAGCUCGCCGGCCAGCUAUGCAACCGAAGUCCGUGUCGUUUUCGCACCGUAUACGGAGUCUUCAUCGCUGGGAGAGAAACUUUCUUCGGUAGCGUGAGAGUCUGUGUGUUGGUUAGUGUGUCUGUGUGCGUGUGCAUAUGUUUGUCGGCUACACUAGGUGUGGCCGUUUCUAUUUGAAAGCUCAAAAACUAAAAAAGCACGUCUACCGUGAUUUGUCGUUUCCAGCUGCAAUGUAUGUUGAGAAACAGCAUUUUUUUUCUGCUUUUUUUUAAAGACAGAUAGCGGUACUGCUUGAGAACUUGACAAUUUUCAAAAUCUACUUACAAAAAAUAUCUAUCCAUCCAGCAGGCUGUUCGGAAGCACCUGAAAAAGAGAGUACAGCGAAAGUUAGCCAUCGGUACACGCGGUCGGGAUGUGAUCAACACUGAGAUUACCUAGUCAAAAGGGCCCUAAAACUUUGCCAUAAAAAUUUGAACGAACUUGUCAAACGAGUUGAGGCUUGUGCAAUGACGUCACUUUUGGUCACGUGACAUUGAAAACAUAUUGCCGCACCGGCGACAUAGUAGGAGGGCAUGCCGUGAGUUUUUCCGGUAUGCGGUUGCAAUUAUGCUGCCUCAUUCGGCCCGCAGUAUGACGCCUGUGACGCAUCCCCAUGUUUUCCCAUGUCACGUGGCUCAAGGGCUGCGCGUGACGUCAUCCGCGCGAGCAACGGUGGCUAUGAGCAGCGUACAGACGUGGACAGAUGGAAAGAGGACAGCAGGAAGGAGUGGGGGGGACAGGGGCGGACGAGCCUCAUUGUCUUUCACAUUUAUUUGGCACGACUUAGGACGAGGCGUCGCAAGCCCUCUAAGUACGUAUGUCGCCAUAAUUGCUGUCAGAAACAGCCUUGAGGCCUAAACGAGGCAUUAUUUUCGCACCCACACGUAUAAAAAAAAAGAAGAAGAACAGAGAGAGAGGGGGGAAACAAAGAAGAAGUACGAAGUAGUUAAACGCAAGCGAUGAAGAAGGUGACAUUUCGUCGAGUUUCUACUUCUAUGUCUCUCUGUGUUACUUGCCAAGCUCAAGAAAAUGUAGCCUUCUAUACGAAGAAGAAAAAAAAAGAAAAUAGCCACAUCUUCUUUCCGAAGCAAGAAAACUCUCCGCCCUUUCUGCCUUCCUCCGCGCAGAAACAAGCACACAGAAAAAAAGGAGGAUGCUUCGAGCCACACACACGUAAACACAUUGGCGCACUCACACGAAAGACAUCAUCGACCCUGCGGCGCACGCGGAGAGAGACAACUUUUUUUUCCCCCUCCCUUUCCUUAAUUAGCAACCCGUACUCUAUCCUCAUUAGCAACACAAACCUCUUUUCUUUCUUUCCUUCCAUCUCCUCCGUCUCCAAAUACGCGGCGCUCGCUUAAUUGUGGGUUCCUUCCUUUAACGACAAAAUUUUACAACCGAACUGUCGGAUUCCCCCCCAAACCACCAUCGCCUGCAAACUAAGCCCUACGGCCAAUGCGAGCUCUGCUCUCGCUAGUGGAGAGAAAGAAAGAAAGAAAGAGAAAAGCGAUAAAAUGUCGUCCAAUCAGCAAUCGGCGAGGGUAACACUGUAAUCAGCAGAACGUGCCAGGUUAUCUGUUUCACCGGAGGCGAUCAUUAGUGGCAGAGCGAACCACAAUCAUUGAGGGUCAGCCGAGGAGAUAAUCACGCUUCGAGGGCUUGCGCUGGAUCACUCGCUCGCGAGCUUGUUACGGCAGAGCAGAGAGGGCAGUAGUAGGGAUAUAGGGGGGAAGAAGGGGAGGAACUUGAAAUUGUAAUGUUCUCUCUAGUAAAGGGGAUAGUGGGAGAAGUGACGCUACAGUAAGGGAAAAUGGGGUAAAGCACUGACGAUUUUAGAUAGAGUACAAGGCGAGAGGGUCAGUUAUCAUUUCGAUUCAAUUCAAACCAAUUCCGGUUUUUCGCCACGUUGUACGUAGCGUGCGAGCGGCAUUUCGACGAAACAAGUGUCCGCAGCGACAUCGAGUACUCUCAGUACACCGUAAGAAGUAAGAUGACAGCUGAUAAGAUUGUCACAGCGAUAAGCAUUCGUGGAGAAUUCCCAUUUUUAAAAUAUACGUACGAGAAAAAAAAAUAAAGAAAAACGAGUGACAAAAAUAAAGCAACCCCAAAAAUCACGUGAACUGCCACCAUCGCAGCGUAAGUAACUUUAACAUUUAAAAGCAAUAGCAUGUUUGGCGCAGUGCACGGCCCGUAAUGUACGCUUGCCACAAAACGUCAAUCGGUGAACGGUCUCCUCCAAAAUCUCAUCUUUACCGCGGAUUCCUCAUGAUGCUAGUUCCUCAUUGACUAAAGACUAGCGCAGUAUAUUGGAUCACAUCGAGGGACAUCGAAACAGAUUUAAAAGGUGCUCCUUCACAAUCCUGCUGAACCUUGCCUAAGCAGCAUGCCUUCUUGCCACUAGCGCAGCGACAGCUCCAUAUUGUACGUUCUCCUUAAUCAGCAUUAUCGUAAGAAGAAGAAAAAAAAGCACUGGAAACGACAAAAGCGGUGUCAAACGCGUCGUACACAGCAAUAAACACGGCAGUGGAGUGCUGCAACAUCGAACUCCCACUGUCGAUGCAGCGACGACUAACCCAGUUGACGAGUGAGAUAUGAUGUGAAAUAAAGAAGAGCAGAACAGCUGGUCACCUCUUCCUUGUUGUUUUGGGUAGAACGUAGAACGAGCCAACGAAGCGUGGCGUCCAGAUGUAUUUUUCCAAGACACUGGAAAGAUUCCAGGCAAGCAUCAAAGUGUCGUUGCUAUACUUUCGUUUGUGUGCGUUCUAAGCACAACCCUUUCUAUUUAUUUGGUCCCUCUUGGAAGCG